AUGACGGCACAAUACUCGUUCGAAGAGGUGCGCGGGGUUCCGACGAAAAUCCUUCGAUUCCAGGCGAAUCUCAAGCCGGAGACCGAUGGGAUUUGGAGAGAUUUUCCCGUGGUUCUCAUGAUACCAGGCAAUCCCGGCGAGAUUCAAUACUACGAGGAAUUUCUGCGCCUCAUUUACGAUCGCUUCGAAGAACAGGUCGAAGUCGUGGGAGUCAGUCAUGCGGGGCAUCAUGCCCCACCCUCGGCAGGAGCGAUCAUGCCACCAAUUGAAGAGAGCUCUGCUACACUGUUCCCUUUGCCCUCAGAAAAUCGUCAGCUCUACGACGUUCAAGCACAAAUACUGCAUAAAAUUGAAUUCAUCAAGCAAUUCAUCGGUUUCCAACGGGAGGUCAUACUCAUCGGGCAUUCGAUCGGUGCUUAUAUCGCUAUGCAAAUCAUGAAACGCGAACCGAAGCUUAAGUGCGAGAAAGCUAUCCUCCUGUUCCCUGUUUUCGAGCGCAUGAUCCUGACGGAAAAGGCGCAGCGAAUGGUGAAGACAGUCAAUCGCUGGGAAUCUCCUUUAGUUUUCAUAGCAAACCUCAUCCACAUGGCGCCGGUCGCAUUCAAACGGUGGAUCGGGAAUUGGCUUUACGGGCAAACGCAUCUGGGCGAGGCGACCGCGUCAUUCUUGUGCAAACACGCCAUGUACUCAUCGUGGUUUAUGGCGAAGGACGAGUUCGACAAGGUGGAUAAACGUGAUGAUGCUUUUAUCAAACGUUCCUGGCGUCUGCUAUCAUUCUAUUACGGAAGCCAGGAUCAAUGGUGCCCAUUGUCGUAUUUCGAGGACAUGCGCAGAGAUUAUCCGCUGGCCGAUAUCACGCUUUGCGAUAAGGAUAUCGACCAUGCAUUCGUGCUGGACGACAGCUCAACGCGUUUUAUGGCGGAAUACGCGGCAGAUAAAUGUAAGGGCGUUCUCUGAGGACCGCUCCGUAACAUGGUUGUGACAGUGCAUUUAUGCUGUGAAAGUAGGUGGACGUCAUGAGAAGGGAGGCCCAUAAGUUGGGAGUUUCCACCCAACGUGAGCUAUCUGGGUUAUCCUGAAUUAUUCGUACCUUGAGACGGUGAAUUGAUGAGACGCAACGAACAAACGCUCGAAUCUAUGCUUAGAAUUUCGAGAUCUAGAAUUUAUUUGAGUCGAUUGCGCGGUGAGCUCGACAGCCACAAUACGUGAUUGUGGCAGCACCUAUGAAUUACACAAAACGGAAUAAUUCGUAGAAUAUUUAGAAAUAAUUCUCCUGCAAAACACCCAUGUACCUAGUUGAUGACAUCAUAAAUGACUCUAGGCGGGCUGAUAUCGACUCAGCUCGAGCUAGCGCGUCCUUUGUUUUUAUAUAAUUUCUGGUUUCCAGCCAGUUUUCCGGAGGACACUGUCUAGUCAAGGUAUUCUUUUUGUAUCGACUCAUCAUAAUCGUUUCCCACAGCGCUCAUGUUAAUACUGUACCUAGUAGUUGUGACUUAGCGCAACACACUACAGUGGGAUUUUCGGCGUAUAUAGAAUAGACAGGGGAACCCGUCGACUUUCUCUUUAUUGGUGGUCUAGAUACGCAGAAGCUUUGAUGCCAUAUUGUUCGUUAGUUCCACCUAAGUUAACUCGUUGAAAAGCUCGUUUCGUAUUAUAACUAAGUAGCAGAGCUCUCUCAGACGCUGUAUGUCUACGACAGUUCUCCUCAGAGAGACGGAAGCGGAGCGAAAUGACACAUAGCUCACAUUGCAAGCUGCUUAAUAAACGCGGAUUUAGGAUGCGUUCUA